AAACAUUGGAUCAAGAGCUAGAGAAAUUGUAGGAGAAGAAUGAGCAAUAAUCCCCCUUCCCUCCUUUCCCUGGCAAUAGACGCAACACUUAUUAAUUUCCAUAAUAUCUCCCACGAUCUUUCAUUUCUCCCCGAACACAUCCUCAUCGAUCUUUUUCUGAGAACUUUAAAAGCUGGAAAAUUAACCCCAAGGAUCUUGAAACUUUUUGUGGCCACUGAAAAGGAGGAAAUUCUUUCUAUGAUUCAAGCACUUAAUAUUCAGCUUGUUUUAACACCCGUCCUUCCCACUAGGUGCUCGGAAAAGUUCUAAAGGUGGACACAGUUUGACUUUCUUCUGAGUUAUAAUAUGUCUCCAGCGAGUGUAAAUGACAAUGAAGUAGAUAUUGUGAUUGGUGCUUUCCGCUCUGAUCUAACGUCUUUCAUGGAAGAAUGGAGACCGAUAUUUUCUCGAUUUCAUUUGAUAGUUGUGAAAGAUCCUGAUGUUAAAGAAGUCAAAAUUCCAGAAGGAUUUGAUGUUCGUGUUUACACCGAGUCAGACAUAGUCAAAGUGGUCGGGUCUUCUAAAGCUUCUUUGUUUUCUGGAUACUCAUCUCGCUACUUUGGCUAUCUUGUAUCUAAUAAAAAGUACAUAAUAUCAAUCGAUGAUGACUGCAGCCCAGCCAAAACCAAAGAUGGUGAUUUAGUAGAUAUAGUCGCCUAUCAUCUUAACAACCUUAAAACACCCGCAACUCCUUUCUUUUUCAACACACUCUAUGACCCGUAUCAAAAGGGAUCCGACUUCGUUCGUGGGUACCCGUUUAGCUUACGUAGCGGGGUCCCGUGUGCUCUUUCGUGCGGUCUUUGGCUUAAUCUUGCAGACUAUGAUGCACCAACACAAGCGCUCAAACCAGAUAUGAGAAAUACUAGGUAUGUUGAUGCUGUUUUGACGGUACCGUUGAAGUCAAUGAUGCCGAUGAGCGGAGUCAACAUAGCGUUUGACCGAGAACUGGUGGGUCCUGCUAUGUUACCUGCUUUGAAGCUGGUGAAGGAAGGGAAAGUGAGGUGGGAAACGAUGGAGGAUGUAUGGUGCGGGCUUGUCGUGAAAACGGUUUGCGAUCACUUGAAACUGGGCGUGAAAAGUGGAAUCCCAUAUGUUUGGAGGAAUGAAAAAGGAAGUGCUAUUGACAGUUUAAAGAAAGAAUGGGAAGGAGUGAAGCUGAUGGAGGAUGCAGUGCCGUUUUUUGAGACAUUAAGGCUGUCUCGGUCGUCAGUGACGGCUGAGGAUUGUGUGGUGGAGAUUGCUGCUGCGGUGAAGGAACGGCUGGGAUCGACACAUGCGGUUUUUGUGAGUGCUGCUGAGGCCAUGGUCGAAUGGGUGAAGCUCUGGAAGGCGGUCCGGUCAUUGGAUCACUGAAAGGUAAUCAAGGAACUGGAAAUAUGUGGUUUUACUUUGAUGUUUAAUCUGUUGUACUUGAUGUUUACUUUGCUUCACCAUAUCCAAAUUUCAUUUUAUGUGGACUUGUGUUACAUGGUUUCGUGUAAUAAAAGCUUUUAUACACUGCUGUUGUCUC